AGAGAAGCCUGCAUCAGUGUGAGCGGGUGGAGGAGGAGGUGCUGCUGGUGGUGGGGAAGCUGCCGGUACUGUGAGGACUGGGCUGGUCGUGCAGCUGACUGGAUGUUGACGCGCAUCUCCGCUCAGUCUCAUGAUUUGAUCACCGGCAGCCUGAGGAGGACCGAGAGCGCACCGAGCCGCGGCGUCUGCACCAUGCAUCAUCCGUCUUCUACGCGACUGUACCCGUCGAUGCGCCACGUUUCGCCAGCUCCAGCCCCGACCACGGCAACAUAAAAGCUGCGGCUUCCUAUCGGGAAUGACAAGGCUCCCAAGAUGGUUCGCAUCGCCAAGGCCCUGGGCUUGUUUAUCCUGAGCGUCGUGGUGCUCAUCCUGUCGCUCAUCAGCUACGUGUCUCUGAGGAAAGACAGCCUCUUCGGCUCCGGGAGAUAUUACUCCGGAGGUCCGCGGAUUAUGUUUCAUGCAGGCUUUAGGUCUCAGUUUGCCAUGAAUUUCCUGGACCCUUCCUUCAUCCCACUGACAAACGCCUUGAAUGAGGAGCUUCAAGGAAAACCAUUCAAAUGGAAGUUCAACAGGACAGCAUUUUACAAGCAAAGGAAAGAAAUCUUCAACUACAUCGACAUUCCCCACAACUUCUCCCUCACGAAGGACAGUGUGCGCGUGGGCCAGCUGAUGCACUUUGACUACUCCAGCCACAAGUACGUCUUCUCCAUCAGCAACAACUUCAAGUCUUUACUCCCUGACGCUUCCCCCAUCCGCAACAAGCACUACAGUACAUGUGCAGUGGUGGGAAACAGCGGCAUCCUGACUGGGAGCCACUGCGGCCCCGAGAUCGACCAAGCCGACUUUGUCUUCCGCUGCAAUUUUGCUCCCACUGAGAUCUACUUCAAAGACGUAGGCAAGAAGACCAAUCUGACCACGUUUAACCCCAGCAUCCUGGAGAGGUACUACAACAACCUGCUGACCAUUCAGGACAGGAAUAACUUCUUCCUGAACCUGAAGAAGCUGGAGGGAGCCAUCCUCUGGAUCCCCGCCUUCUUCCUUCACACCUCCGCCACAGUAACCCGAACCCUGGUGGACUUCUUUGUGGAGCACAAGGGUCAGCUGAAGAUCGAACUGGCCUGGCCAGGAAAUAUCAUGCAUGAUGUCAACAAAUACUGGAAAACUAAGAACCUCUCUCCCAAGCGUCUGAGCACGGGGAUCCUCAUGUACACGCUGGCCUCCGCCAUGUGCGAUGAAAUCCACCUCUACGGCUUCUGGCCGUUCGGAUGGGACCCCAACACAGGCAAGGAGUUGCCGUACCAUUACUAUGACAAGAAAGGGACCAAGUUUACCACGAAGUGGCAGGAGACGCAUCAGCUGCCCAGCGAAUUCAAGCUGCUGUACAAGCUGCACAGGGAAGGCGUGAUCAAACUCAGCCUAACACACUGCGCAUAGACGUACGAGUGCCAGAUCGUCUCACACAUCACUCUGGAAACCACGACCCAUAGAUAGCAACCCAUUCCCAACAUUUGUUGUGUGACACAUAAGCAUGAUAGAUGGCAAUUGAUUUUUAAUCUGUAGACACACUCAGUUUAUUUUAUCUUGAUAAUGACCAUCUUUCUGGGUGUGUAGAUCACACAAAUGUUCAAUAUGUUGUCGUGCUAAGUAGAACUGUCAUGCUUCUAUGAUUGUCUUUUGCAUGACUCCUUACUAUAGCGUGACCAUUUGACAAGAAUAAACAUCCCUUCCAGCUGUAAAGUCAAAUCUUCCAGUUCUGAUUAAUGCAAAUGAUUCACCUUUAAAACAGUGUGCUGAUUAUUUACACUGAAAUCACUGCCUAAUCUCAGGGAUUGAGUUAGAUCAGUGUUUUUUCUAAUCAGAUUUUAUGCCUCAAGAGUGGUACAGUUCUUCUUUUCAGGAUUUUAUCCCCAUGAUUUAUCAGACAAUCUGCACUGCUCUCUAAGAUGGUAUUGUUUACAAGAUUGUCACUAUAAAUAUCUUCAUGUUUGUCAUUUAAUUUCUAUUGAUAGUGCCACUAUCAACCUUAAAUUAUGUUGCAAUGCUUCACUUAUUUUUUCUUACAACUAACAUUCCAACAAUAAGCCAUAAAUUCAUAAACAGACAAUAUCUAUUACCAUUUAUUGCAGAUAUAGGUGUCAGCCUACGUUUUAUACUUGGACUAAAGAUAUUCCACCAAAACGGGAAGCAUUUAAAGUCACAGAGCAUUCACUUUCCAAAAUUAAAUAUGCUGUUUAAUAAACUGACAUGAGACAUGAGUUCAGUUGUACAGUUACAGAAAAAAAAUGUUAGUAGAAAAUAAGUGAACGCUAAGUGGAUGAUUGUUUUCAUUCAGUAUUUCACGGAAUAUGUUACUCAAAUUUAAUUGCUAUAACAAUAUACAACAAAUACAGUCUUCAUACUAGUUUUAGUCGGUUAACAUUCAUGUUUUACUUUUAUAAUUAGCCUGGAUUUAAAAAAAUAUAUUGAUUGAUAAUUAUUGAACUCAAAUAAGUUACAAAAUGGUUUCUUCAAAUGUUUGAAGAUUGAGAACUUUUAACCUGAAAGAGCCCGUUUUUGUAUUUCCCUCUUAUUUUCAGCUAACAUCUGAGCUAAAUUUUUAGUUAAAUGCUUUAAUUAUAUUUUAAAUCUUAACUGCAUUUUAAAUUUUUAAUCACUGCUUGACAAUCAAGCGAUUCACAUUCAAAACUGCUGAAUGUGACAAAAUGUUUGUCAUCCAUUCGUUAAUGACUGAAAAACUCACAUUGUUCACUGAAAUAACUUAAAACUGACAGAAGUAUGAAUAAAACAAUAUUGGACAUUAACCAGUAAAAAUCAAACAUUGCUUCUGAAAUGUGAUUUAACAGAAUCAGCUGGAAAAAAACACAAAAACUAAUGUGAAAUGAGCAAAAUAUUAAGUUAUAAGUACCAUCAUUUCAGGCCUGUUUCAUUAUUAUUAUUUUUAUUUAUUUAUUUUUAAGACUUUGUUAAACCACAAUUCAAAUUCAAUGUAGGAUUCUCAUUGGUUAAUUUUCAGUAAAUUUUUAUUUAUUAUCAGUUCUGCCCGUUUUAACUUGUUUCAGUGACUAUUGUGGACUUUUUGGUCAUUAACAGACGGGGAACAACAGUUUUCUCCACGUAUGUAAAUGGCGCGAGCAAUGGGAGGGAAUAUGUAUGCUUUGGAUAAAAUUGUGUGAAGUAAACAAUCUAGAGGUUUAACAUGAAUUAAAUUUAAAUAUAUUAAAGAAGAUACAAAACUUUUUUUAACUGCAAAAAUGCUGUUUCACUACAGAAGCCUAUCUGGGACAUUUCCAACCUGAAAUGAAUGAAUUUUAUGUGACUUGCUGCAUUUUGACUAAACGCAUGAGGAUUCAAUUUACUAACAUUGCAUGGAAAGCCAACAUAUAUUUGGGCUAGUUUUAUAAAAACCUUUUUGCAGAUUGUUUGAGGGUAAAUUUAGAAUUUUGAAGUCAUUUAUAUUCCUAAUUGUAUAAUCCAUAAUCAAAAUCUUUCUAUGAGACUAACUAGAGCAAACCUAUUGCUAUAAAGCGGUGUGGACCAAAAUCGCGACAUAAAAUACAAGAGAUUUUUUUAUUUUAAAAUGUUAUCUGAAAUAAUCCACCAAAUCCAACAUGAAACAGGGAAAGAACCCAAACAGUAAAAGUUUACCACGUAAUUUUAGGCUUCAACUUUGGCUGAUGUUCAAUACACAGAGCAACUCAUUCAGGUUUAAAUUGUUUUAGUGUUUCAUCGCCACCCUGUCACAGAAGUUUUAUUAAUUUGUCUAAGUUUCACAUUGACAUAAACAGUUAUAUGAACUGUCGUUACUGUCUCUCCUUAAAGCCAAAAACAUUACUGUGGAUAAAUAUUUGACCUCAUAUAGGUUUUUGUUUUGUUUUUCUUUUUGGGCACACUUAAAUGUUUCAGAUCAUAAGACAAUUUUUUAAUUGAAGAUCAUGUUGGUUGAGAAAAAAUUAUGCUUUUAUGUAAUGAAUGAAAACAGGAUAUACUGUAAACAAACCUUUCUCAAUGUGAAAAUGUAAUUUCACACUGAUAUAGUUAUUAGGUUAUUAGAUAUAGGUGCAAUUCUCAAUGUUUCAUUUUUUACAUUUCUGAGGGUCUGUCCAGCUUUUUGUUUUAUUAAUGAAUUUAGCAACAACUUUAUAUAAAAAGAAGUUUCUUAUGAGGUUGUCUGAUAGACAUUUAGUGUUUCUGGAACAUAUUUGUGUGUUCAAAAUAGUAAAAACAAACAAAAUUUGACAGUAAACACUUCUUCAUACCUCUCACUGCACAUGAAACAACACAUUUGCAGUUUGUCAUAUGGACUCUUACUUGAUAUCAUAGAUGUAUAGGAAUAAUUUAUGUGGUUCAUUUAUAAAGGGACUGACACUCAUUUUUGAUUUUGUAUGCUGCAUAAAAUCAAGCACUAGGUAAGAUUUAAAGUUUUUUUUUCUUUAAUAUUGAUGUUAAAUUUUUUUUUUUCUUCCUGCUAAAUAAUGAUGUGGUAUGGCUCCAUGAAUGUCCUUCAUUUGGACGGAUAUCUUUGAAAUAUCUCCUGGUUCUGAGAUGAAUUGUGGACGGUACAAAUUCAUGUCAAAUGCCGGUACAUAGAAUGUGUGUAAAUUUAGCCAUUAUAAUAAAAUCUAUAAGGCUUGUAAUGCCAGUUAAUGUAAAAGCCAGAAUAACAGUAUAUUGCUUUUUGUGCAUUAAAUGAACUGACACUGACAUGUAUCGCAUAAUGUAUUUUUAUUUUGAAAUGCAUCACUACACAUAGUCUGUCCCAACUCCCCUUUAAGAGUCAUGGACUUGUGUUUUCUCUGCACGGCAUCUUCGUUUCAUGAUGCAUAUGGAAGCUUGGCUGCUUGUGUACAUGCCAUAAACAAUGUACUGGACUGUGGUAUCUGGUUUGUUUGAAAAAAGAAAAAAAACAAUGGUUCUUAAACUGUCAUAAAUGUUUUAAUUAUACUCCAUGAUAAAUAGCCAUUAUGUGCCUGUGAAAUUCCUUCCAUUAAUGUUCCAGCGUGUCAAUAAAAAGCGCUUUUCUCAGUUCA